AUGCAGCAGAGUAGCGCACUCCACUUCCAUCCGGUCACAUCGAUACUGCUUCUGCUUCUGAUGAGCUAUCGACCACUACAAGCUGAAUCCGCUGACGUUGCUAGUGAUACGGUCAAGUCCAUCUUUGACUCUGCCGAUGGUAUUGAGAUCGGCGGCAGCGUCCUGGCCAUUGCUGCCAUCGCAGUCGGUGCGAUGAUGAUCUCCAUCGGCUACCGCUUCUUCCGUGCGACGCUCUUUGUUAUCGGGUUUGUCUAUGGCGGUGUUGGCCUCGCGAUUGCUGUUGAACACAUUUUCGACGGUGAGUCGUGGGUCGUUACGGCAUCCUGGAUCGCGUUUGGAGUCGGCGGUCUCAUCUGCGGCAUUCUUGUCACGGCGCUCUACUCGCUCGGGAUCUUUGCUGCUGGUGCCGCUGGCGGUGUAGUACUCGCUAUGAUGAUUCACAACUCUGCUGGCUACAGGAUCUACGCGAAUCAUCCUCAGGUGGUGCUCAUCUUGCUGUGUGUCGUCAUCGGUCUCCUUGGAGGCGUGCUGGCGAUUAAGCUCGAGAAGCCUGUGCUGAUUACUGCUACGAGCCUGUUCGGGGCCGCCAUCCUCGUGUGGGGCGUCGGCUACUUCGCCGGCGACUUUCCAUCGUCGAACGACCUGAAGCACUACGCGACACGGGACAUUAAUGGAGACUGGAUCUACUCGAUCCCAGACGCGUGGUGGGUCUACCUCGCUGCUAUUCUAAUGCUUUUCGUGCUGGGUCUGUUUAUCCAGUUCCGUAAGACUGGACACGGGGUCAUGCACCACAAUUCACACGCCAUUAAGCGCCGUUCGGAGAGCCAGCACUACGUGGAGGCGAGUUCGCCACAGCCGCAACACGUGCGCUUUGGCGACCCCGGCAGCCACGUUUAG